AUGGGAAACAUGAUGAGCAUGGGGAGCAGUCCGGCCGCGGCAGCAGACGACGCCAGCGUGCUGGACCUCUACGUCGCUCGGCUGUCGGACGCCGAGAUCGAGCGCUACACGGACGGCUAUCGCCGCAUCUGCCGCGUGCAAGCCAGCAGCUCCUCGUCCAGCGCGCACCCGUCCUUUCUGCACGGCGCAAGCGAUCCGAACAACAGCAGCAGCAGCGGUAGCAGUAGCACUGCACCACGAGACGCCGCUGCACAUACCGAAGCCAGCAACAAGGCGCCUCUGCUAGGGAAGAAGCUGUUCCGAAACAAGGUGCUGGGCGCGUUCACGAUGAUCCCGUACUCGCUUUCCGACCGUCUGUUUGAAGUGCUCGACACGGAACGCUCGGGACAGCUCAGUCUCAAGAACGUGCUCAGUGGCUUGGCGUGGCUCAAACACGGCACAACGGACGAGCGUGUGCAGCUGCUGUUCAUCAUUUACGACCUCGAGCGGGUUGGAGAGGUCUCGCGCGACGUGUUGGACCGGUUCAUGGACGUCAUUUACGGCCGCGAGCGGGCGCGACGGUACUCGACGGUCGAGUUUCUCGACCGCGUCAUGGACGGUCGAGCUGCUCUGAAUUUCCACGAGUUCCGGCGGAUUGUCCGCGAAAAGGACGGACUCGGCGACGCUUUGCUGGUCAAGUGGCUGACUGUGCUGGCUGCUAAAAUUGGCGCUACAGACGAUCCCGAGAUCGUGGCGCUCGAGCAGACGUAUGAUCCCGUGUUUUUGCGGCAACGCAUUGCGCGAACAACUGCGUUCUCGCUGGCAGAAGUUGCGGCGCUGGAAGCACAUUGCUACAAGACAUUUGAAGCAAAAGGAGGGGCGAGUUUGAGGAUACCGAGUCGGCAAUUUGUAGACGUGCUGAGUGCCAAUGGACUGUUUCCGAAGGAAGUGCUUGAGCGAUUUGGGACCUGCACAGCCAUGCCAAACGUUGUGCAGUUUGAAGAGUUGUGUCGAUUCCUGUCGGAUUUCUGUCGAGGGGUUUUGGACAACGAUAAGGUGCACCAUCUUUUUCGUCUUUAUAGUGAUCGGAGCACGACGAGAGAGAGAGUGGACUUUGGCGCUGUGAAGGAACUUAUCCAUGUGGGUGUGAGCUGCGAUACGAGUUGCUCGAAUGUUGAGGUGAAACGAGAAGAAGAACGACAGCUCCAAGAGGUUUCAGCAUCGCCGACAGUGGAGGCGGGAUGGGACCAAGAAGCAUUUACAAGUUGGGCAAUCGAUGCAGUCGCGGUACGGCGGCUGCUCCAUCAGCUGGCGUUUGCAGCGUGCGUGCUAUUUGAUCUGAAGCCAGAGGCAGCCGCUGUCGAAGGCCGAAUUGUGGAGUGGCACUGGCGAGAAGCUACGCACAGCUUUGGCAUCGGACAAAUCUGGAACUUGCUGGGAGCCGAGUGGUGGCGAAAGUGGUGUGACUACGCUGACAUGGAUCCGAGAAACGGGAGCCCGUACGGUUCAUUACCUGUACCGUCGAUCCCGCCUAACGUUGUUGUAGAAGCUGCCAAGAAUAUUCGGGGCAAUAUUGCAUUACGGGUCACCAGCUCCAAGAAAAGCGUUGAUAGCAGUCGCCCACCCCGACCUGGACCAAUCACUAAUUGGAGUCUUCUCAUGCAGAGCGGAUGCCGAAGGCUGAAGCAGAAUUUGGUGUUGGCGCGUGACUUUUACAUGGUUCCGUCGUCAGUUUAUACCGUUUUGCUCUCGUGGUACAGUGGGGGACCUGACUUGGCACGCUCUACCAUAAAGGUUCCCACAAGUACGGAACUCGAGCUUCAAGUCGAGUUAUUUCCGUUAGUGCUACGUAUUGCCCGCGUGGAUUCUACGAACGGAAGUGUGAUUCGAUCAGGAGAAGAGGUUUUGCUUAGCGAUUUGAGCACACCAUCCAGCCUUCUCGAGGCCACCUGCCGCGCUCUGCUUUUGGCAAAGCUAGUGGACAAAGCACGAUUGUGGUACUUUAACGAGAAAUCACCAGAACGCAAGAUACGCUUGCGCGACGAGUGCUCACAGGAGCUGAAAAAGCUGACGCAAGACAGUGUUUUCCUGCUCGAGAUCCAAGAGGACGAUGGAUCGUGGCCACUUUCCGAAGCCGAUGACGUGAUCAUAUCUUCGUCUUCCGACACCAGUGGCCGUCGAUCAACGAAAAAGAAUGGAAACGGUCGAACAAGUGAAAACGAUGCAGGGGCUGUUUUGCGGAAACGACAACGAGAGCACCGGCCAUCGUCACGCACGUCUGAUAUAUGUUCCCGCGGCAACUUGGGAGAGGUGCUGGCUCAGCGUGGACCUGAGAGUGAUGUGGAUUCUCCGACAGUAGAAGUGGAUCCCGUGCCCGUGUCUUCUGUCGUAAAGAAACGUUUUUCGGAGGACGCGUUCAAAGGUCCGGGUUUGGUUGGUCUCGACAACCUUGGCAACACGUGCUACAUGAGUAGCGCUUUGCAGUGUUUGAGCCACACGCGGCUGCUGGUUGAGUACUUUAAGAACGAGGCGUAUCUCAACGACAUUAAUCUACGAAAUCGUGAUGGCACGAAUGGAAAAUUGACUGCAGCAUUUGGUGAAUUGCUCCGAGUUCUUUGGAGUCCCGACCGCAAACGUUUUGCUCCAAACGAGUUUAAAAAAGUGCUUGCAAAGUGCAGCCCGCAGUUUGCGGGUUCGAAUCAGCACGAUUCGCAAGAACUGCUUGCGUGCUUGUUGAGCAGCCUUAGUGAAGAUCUAAAUCGUGUGGUGAAGAAAACUUACACCGAGCAGCCCGAUAGCGACGGGCGGCUGGAUGCUUUGGUGGCAGAAGAGUGGUGGCAGAACCACCAGAGACGUGAGCUGUCCGUGAUUGUCGCACUAUUUACUGGCCAGUAUAAGAGUAUGUUGCAGUGCUCAAUUUGCCGGUACGAGUCGGCCCGAUUCGAGCCAUUUACUUUCCUGCAGCUGUCACUACCCGAAAGCAACUUGCGGUCAAUUGUGCUGACGAUAUUCUUCCGGACUGAUCGCGUGCCAUUGCGCUUUUCGGUGCGAGUGCAAAAAGGUGGUACAGUCCAACAGAUAAAAGAGCAGGUCGCUGCGUUUUUGACGAAAGCAGAUGACAAAGCUUUGGUCUCUGAUGUUGUGGACGAUCAACUAAGCAGCGCAGCUGUAUCUGAUGGCGGCGGCAGGUGGAAAAAUGUGGUCAUCGCGCGGACCUCAAAUUUGCGUAUUGUGGAAUCGCUUUUGGAUGAUAAGCUACCACUGACACAGAUUCGUGAGAAAGACGAGUUGAGUGCGUUUGAACUUGAUCCCGAUAGCGACUUGUUUGCUCCACAAGAUGUUGCCGGAUCCACAUGUGCCUUGGGCAACUUGGCGAAUGAUGCUAUCGACCCAGCAACGCGUGUGAACGAAUUAAGUGUCGUAGAAGCAGCGAAGGGCACUUCCGAAGGCUUAACGAAGGAGAACACCGAAGAACUUGACAAUGAGGGUUUCACCUACGGAUCCGUAUUUGCGAAUGCGAGUGGAGAAGAUCGAAGUGUAGCUGACGACGUGGGCGAUAAGCAAGAAGAUGAGCUGUUGCCCUCAGGAACCUCUGUCUACGUUUGCGUUGACAAAACGAAGGCUGCAGUGGCAGCGCGCGUGACUGGGAGCAGUGCAAAGUCGGGCACAGUCAAUGUCGCGUAUCCCUCAGGCGCUCGACGGUAUCACAUUCCGUAUUCGAAAGUGAUUGAACGUGGUCAAAACGAUGCAUUUGUAUAUCUGGUGCAUCGCUGCGUCGAUCGGUCGAGUGACAGUUUUACAAAUGCGCAUACCACGCGACUGUUUGGCGCGCCAUUGGUCAUUCGCGUAUCUCUCCGAUCAACGACGGCCUACAAGCUCUAUCUGCUUGUCUGGAAUCGUUUGCGGCGAAUAUUUAAUUGGCACCAACCCCCGCUCCCGUCCGAUAUUACAGCCGAUAAGCACGGUCAGAAGCGAGUUCGAACAGACGCGUCUAUUUUGGCCCUCGGAAAGCACCUUCCUUUAACAAAGUUUGGAUUUUGCUUGCGGCUUGUCACGUCGCAUGGAACAGGGUGCUCUCGCUGUGAGUGGAUUGACGGGUGUUUGGGAUGUGUGCUGUUGCCGUCUUCGCAGACAUUAGUUCCGCUUGCAGCCGAGGAAACGGUGGCUAUCGAUUGGGACAUCCGUACCCUCAAGAAGGAAUACGACCCGAUUCAAGCAAGUAAAAUAGAUUGUGAUGCGUCCGUUCAGCGGCAUCAGCGACAAGACAAUCAGCCUCUUAAUCUGGCACACUGUAUGGAGAUGUUUACAGCGAAGGAAACUAUUCCCGAGGCUUAUUGUGGCCACUGCAAGACCUUGCGGCCUGCUACGAAGAAGAUGGAUUUAUGGCGUCUACCGCCAUUGCUUGUCAUUCAACUGAAGCGCUUUUGUUUUACUCAAGUAUCACGACGAAAGUUGCACCACCUCGUGGACUUUCCGCUGAAAGGCUUGCAGUUUGGCGAAUACGUCGCCCAAAAGCGUGAUCCAUGCAGUCGAUUGGCAGGCCUCGAAUAUUGGUUGUUUUUGGGUGGCAAGCUCAAGGCAGGAGUAGACACCGAGAAUUUUAAGAUCUCACCGGUCGGUGGAAGCUUAACGCAAGCACGAUCGGUGUCCCCAAGGCGAUUGUCGUCGUCGGUACUUGAUGCCCCCGCUGCUGCAACGGCUGCAGUACGUGGGGACGACAGGUUUCUCUACGACUUGUAUGCUGUUGUAAAUCAUGUGGGUGCUUUGGGAGGAGGACACUACUUUGCUUACGUGCUAAGCGAUCACGACGGAAAGUGGAAAUGCUUCAAUGACCAUCAAUGUAAGGACAUUGACGAGAAGGAGGUUGUGUCUUCGAUGGCGUACAUUUUAUUUUACCGCCGCCGGGACACGGCUCACUUGUCAAUCGAGCAACUCUUUCCGCCUUUACCGAAAGCCACGUCGGAGAAUGGACCAACUACCGGCGAGGAGGCUGCAAGCAAUAAAGCACAGGUGGAGGAGUUGCUACGACGGUCGAAGUUGACUGCUUCGGACAAUGUGAGCAAUUGCAUUCUUAGUUGA